CAAUUACUUUCUGCCAUUUUGCUGAUCUGUACGCCGACAGCACCGUUACGCAAAAAUCAUGAGCAGCCAGUUACUACGGAUUGUUGCCCGCCAGGCACGUACGCUACCCAACCAAGGUUCUCGGGGUAUCAGUAUAUCCGCUUCCAGACAACAGGAGGUGGCUCUAGAUGCUGCGGCAAGAGACCGAAUUUAUCCAAAGUUAGGUAACCGGGAUGUGGUUGGGUUUGGGUUCAAUGGUACAGCCAGUUACAUGGACAGGACAGAGUUUCCAUGCCCAGCCAUCCGCUUUGGGGAGAACACCCCUGCUGUGCUGGCCCUCCGAGAGAAGGAAAAAGGAGACUGGAGCAAACUGUCAAUAGAAGACAAAAAAGCCUUGUACAGAGCAAGCUUCUGCAGGACAUACGCAGAGAUGAAUGCUCCUACUGGACAGUGGAAAAGUAUUCUAGCAACUGUCCUGCUGGCGCUGUCUGCUACAGGCUGGGUUGUUAUAUGGAUGAAAAAAUAUGUGUAUCCACCCAUGCCUUCCACCAUCACCAGGGAAUGGCAGAUUGACCAACAGCGCAAGAUGAUCAGCCAGGGCCAGGGCCGCGUAGAGGGAAUCGCUUCCGAAUGGGACUACUCCAAAAAUACAUGGAAAUCUUAAAAGUAGACCACUUAGAACAAUUCUCUUAAAUAUAUAAAUAGUCUUUAUUCUACAAGUGUGGAUGUACAUGUUUAUAUAAACUAGUGCUUUCGUGUGCAUUUCUCAGUGGAAGAGAACGUCAUUCCCAGCUUAAUAAACCUGCUCGGUCAAAACAGCUUUUUUAGUCUCACAGCCCUGAGCUCUUGAUAGCUGAGCCAAUACAUUCAACUAAGGCUUUACUAGCUGUAAACUUAUCCGUUUCGUGUACAAGUUGUCUUGAUUUUUAAAGCAACAUUAUGUUUGUUGGCAGCGAUUUGUUAUUGUUGCUAAAUAAAUACCGGUAAACCAGACAA